AACAAAAUAAAAGAGAUGAGCAAAAUAGAAGAGGCAGAGCUUAGCGAAGCCUUGCCGCCUGGGGGGGCUUUAUGGCCGCCUCAUUCUAUAAAUUAUCGUCAAGCUUUGUGCUUUACCCUAGAUUCGCUUCUUCUUCUCAUCUAAAACCCGGAACCUCCAAACCCUUUCUCUCUCUCUCCUUCAGUUCAUCUUCAGCGCCAGUUCUUGCUGCUUCAAUGUCUUACGAAAAAGAGCUCGCAGUCGCAAAAAAAGCCGCCCUUCUUGCUGCCCGCCUUUGCCAGAAGGUGCAGAAGACAAUGCUGCAAGCAGAUGUCCAAUCAAAAUUGGAUAAAAGUCCUGUCACAGUGGCAGAUUAUGGUUCCCAGGCAGUUGUCAGUUUUGUGCUGGAGAAGGAACUUACUUCUGCACCACUCUCAUUAGUGGCUGAGGAGGAUUCUGGAGAUCUUCGUAAAGAUGGUGCCAAUGAAAUGUUGGGGCGCAUUACAAAAAUUGUGAAUGAUACUCUGGCCAGUGAUGGAACAUAUGGUGUUUCUCCUUUAUCUGCUGAAGGCGUGCUUGCUGCUAUCGACCGUGGUAAAUCUGAAGGUGGUUCUCAUGGCCAACACUGGGUUUUGGAUCCUAUAGAUGGUACUAAAGGCUUUCUAAGAGGCGAUCAAUAUGCGGUUGCUUUAGGACUACUAGAUGAAGGAAAAGUAGUGUUGGGUGUCUUGGCUUGUCCAAAUCUUCCUUUAGCAUCCAUUGGAAGCCAUGAUUCACAUUCUUUGGACAACCAAGUUGGUUGUCUUUUCUAUGCGGAAGUUGGUGCAGGGACUUUUCUGCAGUCAAUAGAUGGUUCUUCACCCAUAAAGGUGCAUGUGAGCACUAUUGAAAAUCCUGAAGAGGCGUCAUUCUUUGAAUCGUUUGAGGCAGCACACUCAAUGCAUGACUUGUCUAGCUCCAUAGCAAAGGUAUUUCAUCUCUCUCUCUCUCUAAAUUUCUAUAGUUGCAAGCUCCUAAUUUCAGUUUCCGUGCAGAAACUUGGCGUCAAAGUUCCUCCUGUUAGAAUCGAUAGUCAAGCAAAAUAUGGAGCUUUGUCCAGAGGAGAUGGUGCCAUUUAUCUGCGCUUGCCUCGUGAAGGUUACCGUGAGAAAAUAUGGGAUCAUGCAGCUGGCUGUAUUGUAGUGACAGAGGCAGGAGGGGUGGUGAGGGAUGCUGCAGGGAACUCCUUGGAUUUUUCCAAGGGAAGGUACCUUGAUGUAGACACGGGAAUUGUUGUCACUAAUCAGAAGUUGAUGCCGCCACUUUUGAAGGCAGUUCGAGAAUCUCUUGAUGAAAAGGUUUCAUCACUGUGAUCCAUCUGCACAUCCAUUUUUUUUUUUUAAAGAAAACAUAUUAUAAUUAUUAGGCAUGCGUGGAGGAAAAUUUAGCUCGAACUGAAUUAUUAGUUGAGAACCAUUUGAAAAAAUAAGAAUGUGGUUAGUUUAAAAUGUGAUGUAAUUGUGCAGCCUCACCUAUUAAUUUCUCGAUUGAUAAAUUUACCUAUCCCAUUUGUGGUAAAACUCUGGUUAUGCUCAUAUUUUGAAGAGCAUUGUAACAAAUAUAUAUAUUAUAAUACAAAAAUUGCGUAA